AUGGCAGAUACGCGGAAACGAAGACGCUUAUCGGGCGCUGGAAACUUCGAAAACGAAUCCCAAGCUGCACAGAAUGAUAUGAAGCAGGGACCGGCUGAGGAUGAGGCGCAAUCCUCUCCGAAAAAAGCUCCUCGCAGAACCCUUUUCGUGCGGUCCCUCCCAGCAUCGGCUACAACUGAGUCGUUAGCGAACUACUUUUCUCAGACCUAUCCUAUCAAACACGCUACAGCAGUUGCUGACCCUCAGACAAAACAAUGCAAGGGCUACGGGUUUGUUACGUUUGCAGAUGUCGACGAUGCGCAACGUGCAAUGGAAGAAUUGAACGACUCAGAGUUUGACGGUCGAAAAAUCAAGAUUGAGGUAGCGGAGCCUCGUCAUAGAGAGAUCGACGAAAAGUUAGGCAAGAGUGUCCCUUCAGCACAGGCGACCCAGUUAAAAGAGCAGAGAGAACAGCGCAGGCAAGGGGCUUUGCCCCCAAGGCUAAUUGUUCGAAAUUUACCAUGGAGCGUGACAGAGCCCGAUCAACUAGCGGUUCUAUUCAGAAGUUAUGGCAAAGUGAAGUAUGCUGAUAUCCCAAAGAAGGGCGGCCGGCAUUCUGGUUUUGGCUUUAUUGUAAUGAGAGGGAAAAAGAAUGCAGAAAGGGCUAUGGAAUCUGUCAAUGGAAAAGACAUCGAUGGCAGGACACUAGCGGUCGACUGGGCUGUUGAUAAGGAAGUCUGGGAGAAACAAAGGCAAUUUACAGAGGAUGCAGGGGAGGAAUCAGCUAAUACCCCAGAAACUUCAGAUAGGGUAUCUGGAGAUGACGUUGCUGACGAAGAUGAUUCUGACGGUGGUGUGGACAUCGAAGUGGAUAAUGGAGAUACCGGGAGUAUAGAGAGCGCAGAGAAUGAUGAGGAAAAAGCAGAAGAAGAGGAGGAGGAGGAUGACCGAAAUUUGUCCACAAUUUUCAUUCGAAACCUUCCAUUUAGUGCAUCGGACGAAACACUUUAUGAGCACUUUACCACAUUUGGUGCAGUCCGUUAUGCCAGGGUAGUUGUUGAUCCUGAAACUGAACGCCCAAGAGGCACAGCUUUUGUCUGUUUUUACAAAGAAGAUGAUGCCAAGGCAUGCCUUCGUGAGGCGCCGAGGCAAAUGGAUCAGCAGUCUAAAGAUUUCAAACCACACUCCGCCACAGGCAUGAAAAAGUCUGUUCUUGAAGACGAGAAAAACGACCCUUCAGGUAAAUACACCAUGGAUGGCCGUGUUUUGCAGAUAUCGCAAGCAGUAAGUAGGAGAGAGGCAGGCAGACUUGAGGCAGAAGGGACCUCACGCCGCGAUGCUCGAGAUAAGGAUAAGCGAAAGCUUUUUCUGCUGUCUGAAGGCACCAUUGCAACCAAUUCACCCCUAUACUCUAAGCUAUCACCAUCGGAAGUUGCGAUGAGAGAAGCUAGUGUUAAACAGAGGCAGAAACUCAUCAAAAGCAACCCAAUGUUACAUAUCAGCCUCACCCGAUUGUCUGUUCGAAAUAUUCCUAGGAAUGUUGAUUCUAAAGCUUUGAAACAGCUAGCGAGAGAGGCCGUUGUCGGUUUUGCCACGGAUGUGAAAAAGGGCCUCCGCCAGCCGUUGUCGAAAGAUGAACUGUCCAGAAGUGCAGAUUUGAUGAAAGAGCAAGAAAAGUUGCGAAAAAUCAAGGGCAAAGGUAUAGUCAAGCAGGCAAAAGUCAUAUUUGAGGGCAGGGAAGGAAGCAAAAUUCAGGAAACUAGCGGUGCGGGUAGAAGUCGUGGAUACGGCUUCAUCGAAUAUACCUCUCACAGAUCUGCCCUGAUGGGAUUGAGAUGGCUGAAUGGCCACGCCGUUGGUGCAUUAGGAGCUACGAAGGUUGAUGCAGAUGAGAAAAAGAAACGCCUUAUCGUGGAAUUUGCUAUCGAGAACGCGCAGGUGGUGAAGCGCAGACAAGAAUCGGAAAUUAAAGCGCGAACUCAGAAGGAACGUGGGCCUCACGACAAGCGAAAGUCUGAUAGACGCAACACCAACUCUGAAGGAAUAAAACGUGGAACCAAGAGAAAGAGACCGGAGAGAUCAGGAGGUGGUUCUGACGAGAAAAAACUAAAACCGUCAGAACAAGGGUCAGCCAAACCUGAAGACCAGAACCACCUUGCGAAAAGGAAUCGUAUAAUUGCGAAGAAACGAAUGUUGAGAAAAACGAGGAAAGGGAAAUGA